AUGGCAGAGGUGGUGAAAGAGACCUUGGAGGAGUUUGCCGGACUCUUGCUCAGGAAUCUCAACUUCAUCGGGGGUCUCACCUACGGAAGCGUCUUCGGCGAGCUGGUGAUGCUGGGUGUGCAGUCUAAGCGCACCGCCUCCAUCAUCGCCAGCUCUACCUGCUGCACCUGGGAGGCCUCAGUGGGCCUUCCAGCUGGUGCGGGCACUCCAAUGCAGGUUGUCAUGGCGCGCACAGAGGGCCAGGUCUUCCGGGAGCGCGUGGGCUUCGUGGUUCUUUGCAUCAUCGGCGCCUACUGCUCCAUGAGGAUCCUGGUAGAGCUGCGCUACAUCUUGGAGCCCUUCCUUUGGGCUCUUUUUCUGGUCAUGGCCUGGAAGCCUGUCGUGGACGGCAUCGAGCUUCGUCUGGAGCUGAUGCCUUCGCCCGAGUAG